UGUGCUGGACCACGGGACCCCACUCGGCGACUCCUGUUCUGUCUGCCAGGAGACGUGAGGCCGCGGCAGCGCAGGAGAAGACGAGGUAAGAAGAGGCGGCGACGUCUCCGCCCUUCUCUCCCUCCUCCCGCCCCGCCGCCGCCGCCACCGCCCAACCGCCCGGAGUCAGCUCAUCAUCGGCUUGAGGGUGUCAUUGGGAGAGAGUGAGUAUGAGUGGCCCGAGGCAAGGCUCGUCGCAGCCGCAGUUCAUGACUAGCGUCGGGCAGAACAAUAACGUCUCAAAUGGACCGGGGACUCCUCUCAUUGACAGCAUAGAUGUUGAUCAGAUUGUUAUCCCUGAGAAAAAUAGUUGGAAGAACUUAUUUUCAUACAUAGGGCCCGGUUUUCUCGUCUCUAUCGCGUAUAUCGAUCCUGGCAAUUUUGAGACGGACCUACAGGCUGGAGCACAAUACAAAUAUGAGCUUCUUUGGAUCAUACUUAUCGCGUCAUGUGCUGCACUUGUAAUUCAAUCACUUGCAGCCAGCCUUGGGGUUGUGACUGGGAAGCAUCUUGCUGAGCACUGCAGGGCUGAAUAUCCCAAGGUCACAAAUUUCAUCUUAUGGAUACUUGCAGAACUGGCUGUAGUUGCGUGCGACAUUCCUGAAGUAAUUGGAACCGCUUUUGCUUUGAACAUGCUCUUCAAAAUUCCGAUAUGGUGUGGUGUUCUCAUAACUGGGCUCAGCACUCUGAUGCUCCUGUUCCUGCAACAAUAUGGGGUCCGUAAACUGGAAUUUCUGAUAGCAUUUUUGGUAUUCUUGAUAGCAACUUGCUUCUUAGUUGAACUUGGGUAUUCUAAACCAAAUUCUUCAGAAGUUGUGCGAGGCCUUUUUGUUCCUGAAAUUAAAGGAGAUGGAGCUACAGGUCUUGCUAUCUCACUACUUGGUGCUAUGGUGAUGCCGCACAAUCUUUUUCUCCACUCAGCAUUGGUACUAUCAAGAAAAGUACCAAGAUCGGUUCAUGGGAUCAAAGAGGCCUGUAGAUUCUAUAUGAUUGAAAGUGCAUUUGCCCUCACAGUAGCCUUUCUGAUCAACAUCUCUAUCAUAUCUGUUAGUGGUGCAGUUUGCAGUGCAGAUAAUUUGAACCCUGAAGACCGGAUGAAUUGCAAUGAUCUAGAUCUUAACAAAGCUUCAUUCUUGUUAAAGAAUGUCCUCGGAAAUUGGAGCUCAAAGGUGUUCGCUAUUGCCUUAUUGGCAUCUGGCCAGAGUUCUACGAUUACAGGAACUUAUGCAGGACAAUAUGUCAUGCAGGGGUUUCUGGACCUUCGGAUGACGCCCUGGUUACGGAACCUUCUAACUAGGUCCCUGGCAAUUGUGCCUAGUCUGAUUGUGUCACUAAUUGGCGGUUCCUCGGCAGCUGGGAAGUUGAUUAUCAUUGCUUCGAUGAUUCUGUCAUUUGAACUUCCUUUUGCUCUAGUACCACUCCUGAAAUUCACCAGCAGCAAAACAAAGAUGGGGCCACACACAAAUUCAAGAUUCAUUGCCGUGCUCACAUGGGCGAUCGGCUCCUUCAUCAUGGUCAUCAACAUCUACUUCCUGAUAACGAGCUUCGUCAGGCUGCUUCUUCACAGCGGACUAUCCACCGUCUCCCAGGUGUUCUCCGGGAUAUUCGGGUUCCUCGGCAUGCUGAUAUACAUCGCCGCGAUCCUCUACCUCGUCUUCAGGAAGAACAGGAAGUGUACCUUGCCAUUGCUCGAGAGCGACGCGAAGCUUGGGGACGCAGGCCACACCGAGGGAGAAGGUUCUCUGGGUCAUCUUCCGCGGGAGGAUAUCUCCAGCAUGCAGCUUCCUCAUCAGCGCGCUGCGUCUGAUUUGGACUAGCCGAAGUAGCCGCAGUGAGGAAACUAGAUAUGUUUUCUGAUCAUGGUGAUGAUGCAGUAGCUGCAUAACUGAACAGUUAGGUGUCAUCAGGUAUUGAUGCAGAUAACCGAAGUGAUUUUAUAGUGGCCGAAUUAAAAUCUUUCUUACGGAAAUGGAUAGUUGGUAUAGUUGCCAAUAAUUUUCGGCGGUACUGCCGAUUGUAGACAAGUGGGUCUCUAUUAUAUCUAGAAAGAGAAAAAGAAUGAAUUUCA